AAGCCUGGGCCCGUCGUACUUUCCUAUCUGGGUGUAUGUAUAGGGGAGACCGGAUGUAGUUGUCAAUACGGUCAUUGGUGGUAAUUGUCGUGAAGAAUUGCAAAGGUACCACUUCUCUUUCAAUGCCGAUUCUUCAUCGCUGAGUCAACCAUACCCGGUCUUCCGUACUCAUUUUCAUUCAAGCCCUUACUACGACAAGGUUACUAUGAAUGAAUAAAACGUGUUUUACUAUGACAUUACAACGCCUACAGAGUUUUGAUCAUAAAUUACAUGUUUCUUUAAUAUGAAGAUAAAUCUCCGUAAUAGCUCAGUAUAUUUAUCUAUAAACACUGCGGAGUACUGAUCUUACCUAACAAACAAGUUUUUACAAACAGGUUGAUGUUAUCCUUUAAAUUUAUAAUGCGUUUCAUUUUCGCAUCUUUGAAAUACGUAAAUAAACUUAUGUGAAGUACGUAAUAUUUUAUUAAUUCAAUAAACUAGCUAAUACCGAAGUGUGAAUGAAUAGAAAAUCUUGUUUACGACAAAAUGACAACUUAUGUGAUAAAGAUCUGAAUUUAUUGACAGUUUUUUUUUAUUUAUACACGUUUAGAGCCCACAUAAAAACUAUUACUUAUUUUAUAGAUAUCUUUGAUAUAUUUAUUACUAUUAUUCUGGUCGAUGGUGCAAUAAGAACAUUAUUUUAAAUAACGUGAGCAUAGUUUGUUUAACUAACGCCAAUAACUGUUUUAGAUAAUUUAACUAUCCAUUUUAAUUUAUGAAUGAAAAUUGACAUCGGUAUCUAUUUUGCUUCGAUGUAGGUCUUUUGCAUAAUUUAGGGUCAAGUUCAGACCGCGAUAACCGGACGCUAUUAAUUGAAUAAAAUGGCAUCCGUGAUAGUGCGUCUUGAGCAAACAAGAGUGAAAUUGAUUCAUUACACGUUAAUGAUUGCCCAACCACCAGAAGUACGACCAUACGGUUUGCUCUGUACUUCCAGAAAUGAGUCAGAACAUUUGACGACGCGUAUAACCUUACUGGUUACAGCCUUCAUGCUUCUCUUCAUCAUGGGCACUAUAUUCUUCAGUUAUUAUGUAGCAGUAUACGUCACAUCUUUCAUAGAGCGUGGUGUCAAAGUUUCAAUCUCGGUACCGGAAGAAUAUCGACCCAGACUUCAUAUGAAAAAAGCAAAGAGCGGCAAACAGAUCAUUGUUAUUCAAGCAAUGGAGGAAGAAUAUGCAACUAUUGUGUACGUUGAGUUGGCUCAAAAUAUAUAUGUGCCUUACGAAUGGCCAAUUCGAGGGAUUGAAAAUUUAAUUUUAGUUUUGGCGGAAAAAAUAAUUUCCCAAUUUGAUUUUGCGAGUCCUAUUCUACAGGUUAAAAAUAUACCAACAAGAUUGAUGCAACAUACCAAAACAAACGGUUUUCUACAUGUAUUUCAAAAAGUGUCGAAAGAAGAGAUGAUUGGCUCUUUUGUUUAUGACAUAGUGUUGCCUAAAGAAGAAGACAGUAUUCACAUGGAGAUGACCCGCGGAAAUGGCAUCAAAAAAGGAUCAUGGCCAAAUUACGUGACGAGCUUCUGUCCAAGAGAUAACAAGAUAUCAUACCAUCUAAUUCCUCCACGAUUUAGUGGGGAGUGUUAUUUAACGCAAAUGCUAACAAACAUACCUUGUGCUCGCCACGGGAAAUUGGACGGUUUUCCAAAUGAGUGUACAAAACACGAAGAUGCAGUCAAAAGCAACGGUGUUGCUUGAGCAGCUACAGAAAACCAAUUUAUGUAAGUAGUUUUUAUCUAAAGUUUUAGGGUUUUGGUCAUUUGUUCAGUCAUGAUUUAAUUAUAGAAUCCCUGCUUCGAAAGUUUUAUUCAAGUGCGUUAGAUAACAGUGGGUGAGCGACUUAUUGUCGAUGUUUUAACUAUAUCACUUUUCACUUCAUAGGGUGGUUAUCAUAGCCAAUUGAUUAUGUAAAAAAAAGGCUAUUUCGUGAUACAUACUCUUACUUCACCAACCUAAAAAUAUUAUGGCUAUUUUUUACUAUUUACAUACUUCAAAGAAUGAAAUUUCUAUUACUGACUUGCGUGACUGUCUAUACCUACAUAUAUGACAGGACUAGGGGGGGAUUGUGACGGCUCAUGCUUUUUUUUUAUCUAUGAAAUACAUUAUACAUAAUUAUCUUCAUACAUUAUUAAUUGUUUCUAUUCCUUUUUGGAGUUUACAAAUAGUAUAUGUAUUUAUUUUGUCUCGAAUUAUAAAAUAUGAUAUGUUGUUUCGUGGUAAAAAUUGCAAAUAGCGUUUGGACGGCUCACGCGUUCAGUAUAAUGCGCAUAUAAGUAGAUGCCAUUAACCUCUGCUGCAUUUGUUGACAGUGUAAUAUAUGUGUAAUAUUAGUUAUUCAUUAUUAAUAAUUUUUGUGUAGAUUUUCUGUAUGUCAUUAGUCUGACAAUUGACAAAUCUGGUGUUGAUCUUAUCCGGAAUUCGCCAGUAGUGUUGCGUCAUAAGUCUAAUAGUAAGACUUCGUGGUCCGAAAAUUAGCAUCAAUUAGUUGCGAUCGAGGUCAACAACUUGUUGUCAGCUGUCCUAGAACGUUGGUGUCAAUCCACUGCUGCAACCUGUAGCCAACUUUCUGGAAAAAUUGAAGGCACCCUUUUGUCAAUUAGUGGAAUGUCUCUUGUUACCACGAACUUUCUUAGAAAGUUGGCAUCGACAUUUCAACAUAUGGAAAUGCCGAUUUUUAUCGUGUUUACAUUAGCAGCAUUUCUAUGUUUAUCUAUUUCAUAACAGUGAGGUAAUAUCAAUUAUUUUUUUUAUUUUGUUUCAGAUAAGCCUUCACAAUGAACCCUGCGUCAUGGCAUCGCGCUACUUUUGGCUGUCAAUGUGCAAUGUCCAUUCGUCUUAACUAUUAUUAAGAUAUUAUUUAGUUGAUUAUUAUUAAGAAACAACUUUUUCUAUUUGUUUAGUUAUUAAGUAAUCGUAUUAUAGGUAAGGUGAUAAAUAAAACAAUUGAAAGAAUAACUGAGUUACUUUCUUUCUAUUCCCUGAAUUAAAUAUCGUAAUAUAUAGUAAGAAAUGAAUGAACUAGCAGGUAGUUUGCUGAUUUACCUGUAUACUGAUGAGAGUUACUAAAUAGUUUCAUUCUUAAAGAAGUAUUCUCUUAGCGAGAAUAAAUCACUCAGCACUAAAUGUAACAUUGUCUGAUCGGCAUUAUAAGCCCUUUAGCGCUUGCCCUUAAAACCCCACUCUAUGCCCAACUAUAACACCCACAACAGGGGUACAGUACAGAGAAAAACUGAUUUUUUUCCUUUCAAUGUUCCCCUUAGCGUGUAAACGAUCCUAACUACAGCACUAAAUACAAAGUAGAGUUUCAAUGACUGGGGAGACGUAGUAACACUACUACAAGGAGAAAUUGUUCUUAUUUGGAGGCUAUGGUGUCACAGUAGUGCCGGACCAUGUUGGCCACCUGUCAGAAAUGGAAAUUAAAGCACGCAAAAAUUACUAUGGCCACCUAGAAUCAACAUCGAUUAUAUCACAAAUGACUGUAAGCAUAGGAUAUUUUAAUAUGGUCAUAGCAAUUUCUGCAUGUGGUUAUUUCAAUAUCCGACAGGUGGCCAACAUAGUCCGGCACUACUAUGUAUAUAACACCAUAGCCUUCCAAACAAGAAUAAUUUCGUGUACUAUUACAUUGCACGCAUACAAAUCCACGACGCUAUUCGGUUUGCACCUCCCCCCCCCCACUCGACGUACACCGAGAUGUUUGAAGGCUCCCAAACGCUAAAAGGUUAGAUUUAGAGGAUGCAAAAUAAUUUUUAAUGAACAUAUUUACUUUUGAAUCUCGCAUUUUAUUCUCUUUAUUCGAUUCAACAAAAAUGUACUUGUAUUUUUCUAAAUUACAAUGAAAUAUCACUUCAUCUUGUCAAGUCACACAUACCUUAAGAUCUAAAUAACAAUUCAAGGUCACUCGCAUUCAUUAACCACGGAACUCACAGAAAAUAUAUAUCUUCGUGUUUUAUAGCCUUAUCAUUGUACCUAACUCUAUAAAUUAAGAUUUUUAUAACUUUAUACAAGCAAAUAUACUUGUUGUUUAUUAUCCCAGCACGUCUUGAUUUUGUAUUCUUGGAAAUAUUUUAUUAUUU